AGGAGCAUGUCAGCGUGACUGAGGUAGUACAUACGGCUUAACUCGCCCGCUGACGAGAGACUCUUUGAUGUUCAUCAGUUGCUCCCGACUUUCAGCAGCAUUCCCCACGUUGUGUCACUGUCCUCAAUGUUUGUAGGGCGGAAGAGAGGGCCUACAGAGUGGAGAAGAUGCCAAGAAAUGCGGCCGCCUUCCAAGCGUCAUGCUCGCCGCGACUCCAACGCGACUUUUUGGACAUCGUCCACUCUCAACCACAUCACCAUCACUACGACCAUCUUGCUCAUAAGUCAAGCAUAGCACAAUGGCGGACAUCAAGGCGAUCAAGGACCAGAUCUGGUAUAUCAAGCGCGACAUUCAAAAUGAAGAGAAGAAGCGCGAUGAGUGGGCGACCACUAUAUCUGGGAUCGAUGCUGAGUUGAGCGGCAUGGGGCCUGGCGAGGAUCGCGAGCAGUGGGAGGCUAUGAAGUCAGAAGCAGAGCAGGCAGUCGCAGCGCACGACGCCACCAUUGCAGGAUUCAGGGCGCAGCUCGAACCUCUCGAGGCACAGCUCCCCCAAGCGCCUGCGCCAGCGGCACCAAAGUUCGACCCAGAGAAGCAUCCUCUUCUUAGAAAAGCUAUGGAGAAGCAGGAGCCUGAGAAGCCUGUAGUCUUCAGCACCGGCGACAUGUGCGAGGCGCAGUGGACAGACAGGUCCUGGUACAAGGCAAAGAUCCAGAGUAUCCUCGGAUCAGCUUCUGCGCCAAAGUACCUUGUGCGCUUCAUCGAGUACGACGACACUUUGACCGUCGACAGCGACCGUGUGCGACCACUACCGAGCAAGAGGAAGCGUGAGCCCGAGCCUGCCGCUGCCCCUUCACCAGUAACGCCCACCACAUCAACACCGCACGUCAUCUCUGGUCCCACAAGUGUCAACCCGAAUGCGCAAACCGCCAAGGCUGCCGCAGCUCUCGACGAACCCAAGCGCGUCAACAGGGUACCCAACAAGGGCCAGCUAAAGAAGAGUGUGGGCAAUUGGAAGGACUUCCAGAGCAAAGGUGUUGGAAAGAAGAUCGCAAAGAAGGAGUCCAUGUUCCGGACAAGCAACGCCUUCGGUAGCAGAGUUGGCUUUACAGGCUCUGGCAAGGGCAUGACCGAAACCCACAAACGCCAACGCUAUGAUCACAAGAAAGAUGCUGACGAUGACGAUGAAGCCAAGUACUGAGCGCAUCGGCGCAUGCGGCUGACUUUCCAGAGGCCAGCACACAAUCUCAUGACUUCAAGCCUCCCCAGGCUUACGGCGUUCUGGCGUCAGCAUUUACUCGGUA